AUGGUCUGGAAAAUUUCAGAAUUUUUGAGACUUUUGAAUUGUUUGGAUUUUUCAGAAUCUCAGAAUCUCAGAAACUCAGAAACUCAGAAUCUCAGAAACUCAGAAACUCAGAAUCUCAGAAUCUCAGUAUCUCAGAAUCUCAGAAUCUCAGAAUCUCAGAAUCUCAGAAUCUCAGAAUCUCAGAAACUCAGAAACUCAGAAUCUCAGAAUCUCAGAAUCUCAGAAUCUCAGAAUCUCAGAAUCUCAGAAUCUCAGAAUCUCAGAAUCUCAGAAUCUCAGAAUCUCAGAAUCUCAGAAACACAGAAUCCCAGAAUCUCAGAAUCUCAGAAUCUCAGAAUCUCAGAAUCUCAGAAUCUCAAAUAUAAUUAUAAAGAUUCCCUCACUACUGCUCUCGAGCAACUUGAGAAACUCCGACCAAUUUACAAAUUUGGACUCAAACAAUUGGAACUUCUGGAUCCCACAAAAACCUCACAGAUGCAAGCCGCAGACGACUUCAUCGGAGAUGCCACAUCAACUCAAACACCAAUCACUCAACCACCAACCAAUGGCGGGCAAAUGGAAAUGCCCAACUCAACUUCCAACCUCAACCAAACCAAUCAAUCCACCAACGCCGAAUCCGACUUCAUCAUCAACGUGGGAUCAAACGCUGAUCCAAUCGUACCAAUUCCAUCAUCAGGACGUAACAUUGUGAUCAUGAUCGACAUAUUCAGAGAGUCUGAGAUUCUGAGAUUCAGAGAUUCAGAGAUUCUGAGAUUCUGA